CUUAAUCUCUUCUUUUGUUCUUCUCUUCUGCUUGCCUCUAACUCACAGCUGCACAACCACUCAUCACCAUCACCCUCCAAGAAGAUCAGGACCACCAUAAUCACUCUUUUCUUCUUCUUUGAUUACAUCUUCUUCUCUUUCUCUCUUCUCCAUUUCAAACUACACCAACAGUACCUGCAACACCAUCAUCACCGACACCGGCCACACCAUCAUCGCCAGCGCCACAAGCUGACAUCAACACCACCAUCUCUCGAUUGGUGAAGGAUUGAAGAAUAAUUAGGUGUUUAUAGGGGUUGAUGGGUAUAUCAAAAUUUUAGGGUUAUUUUGUUUUCUUGAGGAGAUAGAAAUUAAAAUGGAACUGAAAUUCUUUAAAUAGAUUUCUCUGUGUUGGUUGGGAUUCCUAAUUUUCUAAUUUUUUUUCAAUUAUCUUACUGUGUUUUCUAAUGGGUUUUAUUAUUAAUCUCGUUUUCAUCUUUAGUUUUUCUUUGAUCAACUUUUUGAUGAUUUUAGUGUUGUUUUCUGCUUUUUGUGCAAGGAUUGGGUUGGGGUUUAAUCAAAGAUGAGAAACAACAAGAUGCUAUGUAUGUUCUAAUUUUGUAUUCACACAUAUCAUCAAGUUGUUUUUGUUAGAUUUAUUAGGGUUUAAACUUUUAGAUGUUGCUGAUGAAAUUUUGAAUAGAAAGUCUACGAAUUUGUAUAAAUUCACACGAAUCUUCAAAGGGAUUUGUAACUAAUAGAUGUAUAUAUGAAGAUCUAAUCCCAAAAAUGGAUUUUGUAAUAUACAGAUGUUAAGUAAAUGAGAAUAUUUUUUUUUUAAUCAAUAAGGAAGAACAGAAUUUGAAUCGGUUAAAAACUGUAGAAAACAAGAAAAUAACCGAUUCAACUCUGUUCGGUUUAUAAUCGAACCGAGUUAUGAACAGUUCGGUGACGGUUUUUGAAGUGAAAACCGAUCAUAUUACGGUUAGGUCAACGGUUUUACCAAUAACCGUACCGAACCGAAUCGUGUGCAGGCUUACUUAGGUCUCCUUUUAUCAUAAAAUAAAAAACUGCACGGGCACUAUCACUGGCAAGUUUGAAUUUUGCUACAGAUAUCUCGAAAUUGUCCCCGACCCCGUAACUCCUGGCGUCCGCUUAAAUUCGCCGGUGUUCUACGUGCACUGAAAAAUCCCUCAAAUCAAAUCAUGUUUGGCGCCUCUGUUUCUAACACUUGUUUCUCUCUCUUCCUCGAAGUAUUCAAACAAACCCUAAAAAAUUCAAAGCAUUCAAACUUACUGGUAAAAAUUUAAAUGCACGGAGAGAGGAGGGACAUAGGUUUUUUCAGUACCACUGAGACAGUGAGUGUGAGAGAGACCCAAAACAACAACUUUCCUUCUUUCUCCCGUUCUUCAAGAACAAGUUAUUAAUUAUUGUGUUCACCGCUCCUCUCAAUUCUUUAACGGGCUUUAAUUCAAAAUUCCUUUCUCACCCACUUUCACUUAUUUAUUAAGGUUUUAGGGUUUAAACCCGAAUUCCAUUUCUACGGAUUUUUCUGUAUAUUCUCUUCUCUCAUGUGUAUCUGAUUAAAUCAUCAUUGCAUCAAGAAAAACAGGCGACUGGCACAACCAUUUUCCAAUGACAACUGGAGGUGCUCUUUUUGAUGACAUGCGGACAAAUCGCGAGGUUGCUGAGUCUCCCCAAAUCGAAGACAUGGUGGAAAUCAAUGAAAAUGUGACUCCGCUACAGUGUUUAAAACCUAACGUGGUUGUUACCAGCAGUGUCCGUGAGCUAUUGGAGUGCCCUGUAUGUUUAAAUGCAAUGUACCCUCCUAUUCAUCAGUGUUCAAAUGGCCAUACAUUGUGUUCUGGAUGCAAACCUAGGGUGCAUAACCGUUGCCCCACUUGCAGGCAUGAACUUGGCAACAUAAGAUGUCUUGCGUUGGAGAAGGUGGCAGCUUCUCUCGAUCUCCCAUGUAAAUAUCAGAAUUUUGGAUGCCUGGGUAUUUAUCCAUACUACAGCAAGCUAAAGCAUGAAUUACAGUGUGCAUACAGACCCUAUAAUUGUCCGUAUGCUGGUUCCGAGUGUACUGUUAUGGGCAGUAUUCCUUUUCUUGUGACCCACCUUAAAGACGAUCAUAAAGUUGACAUGCAUAACGGAAGCACCUUCAAUCAUCGCUAUGUCAAAUCUAAUCCACAUGAAGUUGAAAACGCCACCUGGAUGCUCACGGUUUUCAGUUGCUUUGGAGAAUACUUCUGCCUACAUUUUGAAGCAUUCCAAUUAGGGAUGGCUCCUGUUUAUGUGGCGUUCUUACGGUUUAUGGGUGAUGAACAUGAGGCGAAGAACUACACCUACAGUCUAGAAGUGGGAGCAAAUGGCAGAAAAAUGGUGUGGCAAGGGGUGCCAAGGAGCAUAAGGGAUAGUCACAGGAAAGUUCGCGAUAGUUUUGACGGACUAAUAAUCCAACGGAACAUGGCUUUGUUCUUCUCAGGAGGAGACAGGAAGGAACUGAAGCUUCGGGUUACCGGCAGGAUCUGGAAAGAGCAGUGAGGGUUUCUUUUCCUUCUCGCUCUUUUGUGCCAGAUUAGAUCUUCUUUUGUAGCGGUUACUUCUCCCACCUUUUCAUGUGUUUUCUGUUUUUUGUUAUGGAUUGGAGAAAAAGCAAACUCUCUUUGCUUGUCCAUUUCAUCAAAUGCAUGAUCAGAAACACUUCAUUAAAUAUCCCAUAUAUUGGCAUAUUCCUCGUUCUCUAAUAUGAGGUGAAAUAUAUACACCUGAAAUCUACUACAGGCUUCUAUU